AUGCUCAUCCCUGCCGCCGGCACGGUAAUCGCUGCUAUGCCUCGGCCGCCUGUCGCUCUCCCGUCUAUCAAUACUUCUGUCUCUCUCUCGUCCACCCGUACGACUCCUGUUCCGGGGGGACCACACGUCCUCUCUCUCCCGCAACCUCUUGUGAGGUUCUGUCCCAUGGCUUCCGUCCCAGGCGCGCUUUGA